AAGUGAUAAAGUGAAACGUUUCUAUGAAAAUGAUUUGUCAGUAUAAAAAAUGUAAUGCUAUAAAAUACACUGAAUUUAUUCGUGUUUUUUUUUACAAAUAUCUGACAUGAGAUGAACCUGGAGGAGGAUAUUAUAAAGAAAGAUCUGUGCGAUCUUUUAUCGUAUUUUUCAAAGCAAACAUACUCUGCGAGUAGCUCAGAUGAAAAGGUAUGUGACUAUAAAAGUUGUUCCGCUUUUGUUUACGCCAUGAAUUUAAGUUAAAACCUACAUUAUACAAAUAUUCUUGGUAAUUUCUGUUCUGUUUGACAGGCUCUGAGAAUAUUGGAUCGUUGUAUUGAUUUAUUUAUGAAAGAUUAUGAAAUAUCGGUAAUGUAUAUUAAUAUUGUGCUGUAUUGACUCGAUUGAAUCAGACACUUGGUGACUCAGACAACCAUAUGCAAAUAUGCAAAGUUAUUGUCUGAAUUUCAGUCUAGGGCGAUUCAGUUGUGAGAAGGGUCUUUCUCGUUUUAACAUGUUGAAUUUUGUCACACAAGACAAGAAACAGCAUGUUUCCCAAAGAUGGACAAAUCAGGAAACAUUGUUUCCUAGCCAACAUUAAUUGUUUCCUAGCCAACAUUAAUUGUUUCCUAGCCAUGUUUCCCAAAGGUGAACAAACCAGGAAACAUUGUUUCAUGACUAUCUUUCCCAAAGAUGGACAAACUAGGAAACAAUGUUUCCUAGCUAGGAAACAAUGUUUCCUAUCUAGGAAACAAUGUUUCCUAGCCAUGUUUCCCGAAGGUGGACAAACUAAGAAACUAUUUUUGCAACAAAAAUCUUCCUAAUGUGAACACACAUUGAAUUCAUAGGUACUGACAAAUGGUAAUGGAGAGUUGUGUGGUCAUUAUCCACAGAGAAUAAUUAUUAUUGAGUCAGAAAUACUGAGAGGCGAAGAACUUUUUACAGAUAGAAGGUACCAAACAUUUACUUAAUACAUCUCUACACAACCAAACAGGACAAAAAAGCAUAUGUAAUCACAGUGACUGUUACUGUCAUUACAAUAGAAGUGUAAGUGUUGAUAAAAUAUUGCAACAAUCAAUUCAUUUAGUCAAAAAUUGCUCAACUUCCUGUUUACUGGCAUGCUUGUUCCCAAUUGGUCAAUCAUUCACUGAAACACAAAGCCAUUGGUUGAUUCAAACACACAUACAGGAAGUUGAUCAAUUUUUCAACGAAUGAAUUGAUCAGCUAGAGCUAAUUAGUAAUGAAUUGAUGCGAUAUUUUAUCAACACUUCCAUUGCAAUGACAGUAAUGGCAUUUUGUAUUUACUUGUUGUUUUGUUAUUAUGUAGAGUUAAAAUCAAUGAUACUUCUCAGUUAAAGCCACUUAUUGGGAAGGCAAGGUUAGCAAGAUGCAGGUCACGUUUUGUUGUGCCAGUCAUUUCUUUUAGUGGAAAGGUUAGUUUAUAUCAAUAAUUAUUUGUUGCUUCCAUCUUUGCCACCAUUGGGUUUCUCAAAAUUCGUCAUAUUCACUGCUACCAUCAUUGUGUUACCACCAUCAUCACCACCAUCAUUACCACCAACAUUAUCACCACCAUCAUCACCAUCAUUACCACCAACAUUAUCACCACCAUUGUCAUCACUAUCACCCUUAACAACCACUAUCAUCACCACUAUCAUCAUCAUAACCGCCUACUUUGAUCAUUACCACUUAAUAUUGUCAUUACCACCUAAUAUUGUCAUCACCUCGACAAUUUUUUUGAGCAAUAAAAUUACAUUACAAAACAUUUUUUACAGAAUAUUUGCCGUUCUUCAACUUUAUCCAGUUUCCCAGAAAUAGCUGGACGAUCAGGAUUCAACUUCCUGUUUUCAUGUAAGUAUUAUCCUUAAACAUUUACAAAACUAUCCUUCUGCAAUUAUAUUGGGAAAAUGUCUAAACAUUUUACAAAAAUCUUUUCUCUUUCACAACAGCUCCAGUGUUCCCUGAUGAUGAGCUAUGUGAUGAAAGUGACAGGUACAUCCUGUGGUUUUCUAACUGAG